CGCCUCCUCCCCGCCGCCAAGGUGCAUGCAUGCAUUCUAUGCGGCGUGCACCGCAUUAGAUGCAUUUCUAAGUCGCGCCGCAAUAAAUCGCAGAAAUAUCGAAGUGGAGAGAGAGCCGCGCGAGAGGACACCGCGUGACGACACCCGCGCCACGAGAUCCGCCGAUUUUUCCCUUUUUUUCCUUUUGAUCCGGAGGAGGAGGAGCAACGGGGGACACGCACGCACGCACACGUCGAAGGAAGGGAAGACGGACCCCCGCCGCACAGAUAGAGACGGGCCACCGCGCGCUCGAUUUACCUAGAAAUCCGAUUAAUCUGGUGCGCGGACGAGGGACGGGGGCACGACGCGUCUCUUCUUCUCCCGCCGAGGAGAGGCGCACACCACUCUCGUCUCUGCUCUCGUUCUCUCGUUACUCUCGUGGAGAAGAUCCUGGGGCAAGGGAAGGAACAUCGACCACGCAUCGUGCGUUUCGGCCAACGACCAACCGCGCUCUCUCCUCUCUCGCUCUCCCUCUCGCUCGCUCUCUCGCUCUCUCUCCGCGAGAUCCGUUCGCGAGAUCGAUUCGCGUACACGCACGUGCGAAACUGGUGGUGACGUCUUUCCACGCGUAUCCCGUAAAUCCCUCUCUCGCUUUGGAGAUCGGUGGUGGUGGGGAUACAGGGGGGUAACACGGUGGAAAAGAAAAGCCAUUUCUUUCCUCUCCCUCUCUUUUUCUCUAUCUCUUUAUCUCUGUCUCUCUCUCUCUCUCUUCGCCCGUCCCUCGCCGUCGUCGAGAGCGAAAUUUUCGGAGAAGAAAAAAGUCGAGUCGCGAGUGAUAUCGAGUCCCCCUCCCCUCCCGCUCUCUUCUUCCCGGACAGAGGUGAUUAAAUGCCGGAUACGGGAUCGAAUGGACGAACGUAACGCAACUAUUUAUCGUGGCUGUGGACGGGCGGUGGAAGAGGAAGGAUCGUCGAAAGGGGCGAAAAGAAGGAAGACGGUCGACGUUGGGGGCGAUCGUUGGUGGAAGGAAGGCGGGGGAGACGCGCGCGAGACGCGUUUUGGACGGAAAAAGGGCCGGCACGGAUGCGGGAGCCUAUUCGAAGGAGGAAGAAAAGAAUACGACACACUGAGUCACGUGCGAACCAGUCCCUCCCACUUGCGGACGCGGUGCCGCGCGGAUUUCAGUGCACUGAAAAUCGUAACAUCGCCAACCUGCGGGAGCUCCGCUUCCUGAAAACUACUCUCGGCCACUCUGCUGCCACGCGAAAGCGGUGCGAAGCCUCCUCGCGGAUCGUUCGACCUCCACCGCUUCGUUCAUUUUCCACGUUGCCCACGUUGCCUUCGUUGAAAGCGGAGCUCGAAGGAAGGAAGGAAGGAAGGAAGGAAGGAAGGAGAGAAGAGGAAGAGAUAUCGGUGCGCGAGGGAUCGCGAGUGAAUCGCGCGAGUGAGUGGACGCGCAUCGCGCUCGCGCGUGCACGCGGUGCGCUCGCGCUUUCUUUCAGCGGGGCUGAUCGCGCGCCUCCGCUUCGGAAUUAAUAAAGAAAAAUUGUUUUUACUCGCGGUGCGCGGUGGCCGAGUUUGAUCCGAUCUCGGGGAGGCGAGCGCGCGUUUUUCCACGGCACGCGCGGAGGAGACGAGAUUCGAGUGACGACUGGCGACGACCACACAGUGUCCCGUCCUCGGCCUGGCUACGUCGUGUGUGGAACCGCGAACGAGUGUGCGGUCGGAGCGAUGCACGCGGAGAUCGGUGCUCGCAGUCGGCCGAGACAUCUUUGAAAGAAAACGAGAGAGAAAGUGGGAAGAAUCGGCGCGCUGUCUACUACCACCGGGAGUGUGCGAUUCUUUUGCGCGGCUUUGCGCGUCGAUAAGCGGACAGUGCACGAAGAAGAGAAGACCUGUCUCCCCUUCCUUUUUUUUUCCCUUUUCUUUUUCUUUCUUUCGUCCAGGUGUUUCCUCCGAUUUUUUUCUCUCUCUCUCUCUCUCUCCCCCCUCUCUCUCGCUCGCUCGCUCUUCCUUUCCUUGUUUCUCUCUCUCUAUCUGUCUCUCUUUCUCUCUCUCUCUCUCUCUCUCUCUCCGUUUCUCUCGCGCGACAAAACGAGGCGAGCGGAGGCGAUUGGAGGAAGAGGUGCGCGAGUGAGUGAAACGAGGGAAACUCGAUCGGUUUCGCAAAUCAGUGUCGGAUGAACUGGAAACACGGAUCUUACCGAGUGGAAGAGGAUGGUGACGAAGAGAAGGAGGAGGACGACGACGACGACGACGACGACGACGACGACGAAGAAGACGGCGGCGAUCGCGGUGACGAGCACGGGUAUGAUCGAGGAAACGAUAACGAAGAUCGACGAGACACGAGUUUGAAUUCAGCUUCGAGCGGGAGACGCGUUGCAGCAAGAGAUUCCCGCGCAGGAGAGGAAGACUGGACAAAGCGGAAGAAGCAGAAUAAGACGAGCAAAGCAGAAGAAGCGGAGGAACGCAGGAGUAAUAGAAGAGCGAAAGCGAGACGCGUAGAAGCGGGGUUGCGACGGAAGUGAUUCGAUAGCGGGAGAGAAAGAGAGAGAGAGAGAGAAAGAGAGAGAGAAAGAGAGAGAGAGAGAAAGAGGGAGCAGAGGGAAAGAGUGCGUGGAAAAAAGAACAAGAGAGAGAAGAGGAGAGAAGAAGAGGAGAAAGAUCCGAAGAAGAAGAAGAAGAAGAACAAGAAGAGAAAAAAGUGCGAAAGAAGAGAAGAAGCGAGUGAGAAAUCGAAAAGAAAGAAGAGGAGAAGAAGGAGAAGAAGCUCGUUAGAGAAGAACCUCGCGCCGCAUACAUAUAUAUUUCAGUGUGUUCAAAAAACGAGUGUACCUAAGUGCAAUAUUAUUAAACCUAAACGAUAAUAAGAAGCAACCACAACUACCAUCGACGAUAUCGGUAACGACGAGCGGUUAAUCGAUAAUCGAAUAGAAUUCCUUUUAAAGAGUUAAAAAAAAAAAAAAAAA